AUGCUUGAUCAAAAUUCUGAUUCUACAGAGUCAAGUGACUUUUUCAAUGAACAUCCAUUUAAUGACGCGUCUGUUAUUCUACAACCAGCCAAUUCAUUAAACGUACAGUUAUCCACCGGUUCAAAAGCAUGGCACGGUCCUAUUCAAUAUCGUCUACUAUGUUGUUUGAGUGAAUGCAUGGAUUUCAUAGCUACAUAUGGUUGUAUUGAAAAUUCAUAUGCUGUUGAAAUGCGAUGCACGUUGGAUAAAAUAUCAGCUAAUAUGACACAGGAACAAUUACCAUCAUGUGCAGGUUUAACAUCCGAAAUUGGCAACAUUAAUGGUAACAAUCACAAUAUGACAAAUACUCAAAAUUUUCAUAGUAUGAAUAACUUUGAUGUUCAAAUUUCUUCAGAGUCAACUUCUGAAAAUGAUACUAUAAUACCGGCUAGUGUAGCAAUUGAAAAUCAUCUUCAACUUGCUUCACAAUCCAUUAGGAAAUUGAAAAAUAAACUCAAUAGUAUUCCAAUUAAGAUGGAAAUAAACUAUCCAACAUCGACUGAUUUUGAUCGAUUGUCUGAAAACGAUUUAAUCAAAAUAAUAGAAAAUGAAUUUAAUUCAAUCUUGGAAAUUGCUCGAAUUGCUAUGAAUCCUGUUCAUGCAACAAUAGUGAAUACUCCAAGUGUUAACAACAUAUUACCACAAUAUGCUGCUCCAAAAGUUUUAAUAGAACCAAAUCGUUAUCAACAUGUUCGUAUGUUCAGUGAUCUAGAAGCAGGUGUUUGUCCUCUAAUACAAGCAGGUGGUGAAGGUGCUGCACAACGAACUUAUGUUGAAAUUCAGGUACCAAAGGAUGGUAAACCUGAACUUUAUGUUCGUGUUAGAGCUGUUACAGUGAGCAAUGAUAAGCAUCGCUUAAAAACGGUCGUUCAAAAAAAUCCACCUAUUGAUACACCAUCGAUUGGCUGUGCUGGUGAACGAGGCUGUUUAAAAUUUGAUAAGGAUGAUUUCGAUCAAAAAUUUGAAUAUACAUAUCUUCCAAUUAGUCUCGAUGAACACAAAGAUGGCAAAAAACAAAUAUUAGUUCAUCUGAUUACUUGGAAACGGCAAGGAUCUCAAGAACAGAAAUUGUUCAAAAAUCAGAAUCUUAGUUUAUGUAAACUUGAAUUUGGUUUAUGUGUUCGACAUGGUCCCGGUGAUUAUAAGCUUGUCUCGACAGUUUCUUAUUCAUCAAUUAUUGAAGAUGGUCAUGGUCCUGUUAGUAUUAAUUCAGAUGUCGUUCAACCACAAAACCUAUGUGCAAUGGGUGGUCAGAUAAUUGAAUUGCCAUUAAGUGUUGAUUGUCCUAAGAGAGAUUUUUCUAUUUCAUGUAACGGUGAGAAACUAGAUGGAAAAAAAUUCAAAAUAGAAAAAAAACAUUUAUUUAUUAUCCCACCACGAAAAGCACAAACUGAUCAGCGUCUUCGUCUGAUCAUCUUACGAAAGGAAUAUGACGAAGAAAAAGAAGUAACAAUGGAAAAAAAACUCUAUGAUCAUAUUUUUGAAUAUGUAUCUCAUGAUGAACAAGGACCGCACGUCUGCUGUCGACAAAACUUUGUUGGACAUAAAAUUCCAACUUCAUGA